UCUCUCUCUCUCUCUCUCUGUGUCUCUCUGUGUCUCUCUGUGUUGGUGUUCGGUGCGAUUGCGAGUGCGGAGUGGAAAGCGGAUGCUCUGCGGAUUGCGAUGAACUCGAGCCCUUCGUCGAACCCCCAGUCGAUGGCCACGUCCACGACGUCGGCGGCGACGCCCGCGGCGGCGGCGGCCGGCGACGCAUCCGGCAAGAAGGUGAGGAAGCCCUACACCAUCACCAAGUCCAGGGAGAGCUGGACCGAGGAGGAGCACGACAAGUUCCUCGAGGCUCUCCAGCUAUUUGACCGCGAUUGGAAGAAAAUUGAGGAUUUUGUGGGCUCGAAGACUGUCAUUCAGAUCCGAAGUCAUGCCCAGAAAUACUUCUUGAAAGUCCAAAAGAAUGGGGCAGUGGCACAUGUUCCCCCUCCUCGUCCUAAGCGCAAGGCUGCUCAUCCUUACCCUCAAAAGGCAUCGAAAAACGUUUUAGUGCCGCUGCAAGCAUGCAUGGCCCAGCCUUCUUCAACAAAUCCUGCAUUUACACUUACACCAGGAAAUGUUUCAUGGGAUGACGCGUCUGUGCACAUAACCAAUGCAUCCAGCAAUAAUAUACUAAGCCAGGAUGAGUUUAGCAAUUACCAAGCUGAUAUUGGAUCAAAGGGCGCGUCAAGGGUUAGUUGCAGCUCUGCCUGUGAUGUCCGAAGCUCAAGUAGAACGCUACCUAGCUCGGAGAUACCUAAACAAAAGAGACAAACACCGGUGCUGCAUGGGAUACCUGAUUUUUCUGAAGUAUACGGCUUCAUCGGGAGUGUCUUUGAUCCAAAUGCCAAAGGCCAUGUGCAAAAGCUAAAGGAAAUGGACCCUAUCAAUUUUGAAACUGUUUUAUUGCUGAUGAGGAACCUCACCUUUAAUUUGUCAAGCCCAGAUUUCGUACCAGUCAGGAAGGUGCUGUCAUCCUAUGAUGUGAAUGCUAAAACUGUAGGUGUUCCAUUAGGGAGUGUAGUGGAGAGCGAUCUGACAUGUUGAAUAGCUUGGCCCAUUGGUUCUGAAGCAGCACCCUUUUAUGUCAAGGCCCCUCCUGCAUAAUUGCAGCAUCAACCUGGAGCUGCUGGGGGUUGACAGACUGCCAGUGGCUAUUCAGGUGCAAAUGGAUAUUAUAUGCUGCAUGCUUCUAUAUAACAUGUGAUCCGGGAAGUGUGUAUAUGUAGCAAGAAUUACUCUACUUUUUUGGUAGCAGUUCUAUAUCUACUUAGAAAUGUCCAAUGUUACUCUUAACAUGCAACAUAGAUUGUCUGUCUUCAAUAAAACUCCAUGCUUCACCCUGCCUGUAUCUAUACAGAAAAUGUGGAGGUUGAAGUAAGUUUGUUUGUUCUUUUGGGACUUGUACACUAACUUACCCUUGUACUGUCUCACUAAUAAUCGGAGGAAUUUGAGUUGCUGUGUA